GUCAUAUCGACUUUUCCAAGAUGAUCGGUUCUCAAAGUAAUUUGAAAUUGCCGCGAAAUCAACUUAUUGGGAAAAUAUAAUCCCCGAUUGCAUAUUCUUUCUCACUUUUCAGACAUGUGCCGACGCGUUUUUUCUUGAAUAAUAUAAUUGAUUAUACCGUAUUUUAUUAAUACAUAUAAUAUUCUUUAACAUAUUUUUACCGUAAUAAAUAAUGAAAAAGCAAAAGCUUCGUCUGCUAAAUGAAUGCGCCAAAGUAGUUCCAAUAUGUCUGACAUGUAGAAAUCAAAAAAACAACUUUUGUACUUGUAUGAACAUUAACUAUCAAAUAAGUGAUAUAAUACUCGUGAAAAUGACAAACAAUAUAGCUUGGAAUACAUUUAUAAAGACAGUGAUAUUACUUGUCACUGUUACAUGCUGUACAGGCAACUAUGUGCUACAGGUUCAAAAUACUGGAGGUGGAAAUUUUAUUCCAAACAAGUUAAUUUUGAAUGGUGAUACUUUGAUUAUAAAUUGUGAAAUCAUAGAUCCUGACUUUGAUUCAUAUGAUGAUCGACAACUUUUGCUGUAUGAGUACCAAAUGCAAGGCCACUCACCAAGCAUCACUCUUACUAACUCAACCUGGUCUCGUGUCUUCAACUUCCCCAUGGAUGGGACUGCAUGGAUCCUGUCGAUUCCUCGCGUUGACAUUGUUGGACCUGAUCUCUCUGUACAUCCCAGAGAACAAUGGAAAGUAUCAAUUGAACUUAACAUGAACAUGCACUUAUUCAAAACUUAUGGGACACUUGUUGAUUUGGUGAGCGAACCUAUUGCACAAUGGUUGUUGAACCCCGAAAGUCCCCCCAAUCCAUCAACGUUAUCUACAGCGACACAAAUUCUUCAUACAAGUAGCCCUUGUUCUGCAGAUGUGGGAAUUAUGAGUCCUAUUUUCAGUGAUCUCACAAUUGGAAUUUGGCUGUUUGUGACUUAUACGUCGUUUCAAGCACCAAAUGAACCUUGGUAUAAUCUGAACACUAAUACCCAAUGGUGCGCAACAUUGGAUUGUUCGAGCGUACACCUCAUUGAUAUGGAGUUAACAAACAAUUAUCUCCUAUUACUGACAAACCAUGGCCUAGUUAUACUGGAUAUGCUAGCUUCUGAUGAAGCACAACUUUUUCACCUGGUUAACCCAUUCGCUUCUACAAACCAUUCUAAUGUAUUCAAUACUCCUCUGGCAUUGGGAGACAUGGCCUUAACAUAUGUGAACUAUUGUGCAAGCAAACAUCAUACAAUAAAAAAACAUCAACUUGUGAGUGUUUGCUGUAGUACGUGCCCUGCAAGCCCUGAAACAUGCGUACAUUCAGUGCCACCAUACACGACUUGGUAUGCUGUUUACAAUGAUGUGAAUGGAGCCGUUCCUCCUGCUGAUUUAUCAAGGGUGAUUGACAUGGUGUUUAACUUCCAUAUUGACUGUAUGGUAAUUCUGUACCAGACAGUUACCUCAGAAUAUGCUGUAGAAACUAGAGAGGUAUUGCCUGAUACCAUUACAUGCUUUUUCAUGGCCUUGUUCCCAUCAUUUAAGUUUCCCUCCGAUGCUGUUUUAACACACCUGUAUUUCCAUGUUCCUACGGCAACAUCAUAUUGCCAUGGAAACCAAAUCUGGAUGAGUGUAGACUGUGGAAAUAUGUUUUCUUUAUCAAGUCAGUUAAUAUCAACUUCAGGAUUAAUGCAUAAUAUGUAUAGCAAUCUAGAUUUGGAUACAGCUUUAGGAGUAACUGAUGAUAAUGGUGCCUACUAUACCAAAGCUGGUGUGAAUAGAUUUGCAUAUAUUGGGCCAGUCGAUGACAGUCUACCCUAUAUAUUCCAUGUUGAUCACCUGGGUUUUACGCGACAUGUACAAAUUGGUUCAGCUGGUGAAAAUUUCUCAACCACAGAUUUCGAUCCACAAUCUCGCCUGUAUGCUAUUGAUAAUAUUGUUAAACUUAGCCAUCCACUAGCAUUGAGAUUUGUGACCAACGAGAAGAUCAACUUGUAUGAGUAUGAUGUUGGAUUAACAUCUGAAUUCUCCGAUAUGCAUAUUGGUCAACAAUUGACCCUGCAGAAUGGUGGAAGUGCUCUGAUAAACAACGUCUUAAAAUUGAAAUUUGCGAAACCUCAUUGGGUGUCUUACAUCACAGCUUAUAUCAACACUCCCCUAUCUCCAGAGAGCUUCACUACAAGUCCUGCUCAGCAGUAUGACAUCACAGUGACAAAUUUGGAUUCUGAUGCUGAGACAGUAACUUUAACUCUAUCAGAUAGUGGCUCUCCAAUAGGUGGCACUGGGUGGAAAUCGAGUGAUGUGCACAAAACUGUUACUAUUCGGUAUUUAGGGGGAUCUUAUCUGAUCAUAUCUUAUACAGACACAUCAAAUGUUGUUGCUGUAUCAACUGUUGCAUCACCGAAAUCUGCAUCUGCUCCUGGAGGGAAAUGGUUCAUGUUCAAUUUUGGAGAAUUUGAAUCUCAAAUGAACUGGUAUUUGGAAGAAGCACCUUGUCAACAUAGCUGGUAUCCAGAUAGCACCACUAAGACUCAAUUUGAUUUAGAUUCUGGAGAUCGACUCACAUUAGAACAAAGGGCCUUUUCAACUGGCGAUGCUAGUACACAGCCAUACAGCCACUUGAUAUAUCUCAGAAUGAGCAAUCCCUUCUUCUAUCAUCCAGAGUUCACAGAAACUAUAAAUCAUCAAGAUAUAAACUUAUUAAAGGUUGAGAUGCAGGAUGAGAUGUUUAGUCAAGCAAUGACAGUUGUUACUUUUCAGAUGGUUGAUGCAUCUCUCAAGUGCCCUAUAGUAACUAAAGUCUUCAGGGUGUAUUCAGGAUGUCCCGAGAGAAAGGUUUUGCAGUUCCACUACCCACAUGAAAUCUCUAUACAGGAGUUUCUCUAUGGUAACCCUCUUGAUAAUAAUAAUCGAUCUCUCAUACAAGAACUUGUGCCAAAUUAUCGCCCACCAUCACAUAUUGGGAUAGAUAUUCCACUGACUGAUAAUAUAUACAACGCUGACCCAAGUGUUCCAAGACCUAAUGAUUAUUUCAAGAUAUCCAAAGAAUCUGGCAAUUUAAAACAAUGUGCCGGUGCAUCAAAUCGUGCCAUGUGUACCUGCACUGAUGAAAUGAAAUUCAGCGAUGAUGUAAAAUACUCAGAUUGUCAUCAACGUGUUUACAGGCUACUGUUUCCCGGAAAACUCACAUUGAACUUUACAGUAAAUCAACCUGGUAAACAGACAUAUGUACUCGAGGAACAGUAUAUUAUUCAUAUUUCGGAGCAGAACAAUCGCAAAGAUUACACAACCUCAUCAAAGGCUUCAUCUAUGCUUAAGUUUGCCAAAGCAAGUAAGGACCUAGGUGAUACCUCAAAGCUUCUGACCCCUGGAGGCACUGCUUUAAUCACAAUGUUUGCUUCAGGACUCUACCAUUUCAAAGUAACACUCAUGGAUGGCUUCACAUACUGUCCUCUUGAGACUCAAUUUAUGGUUUUCGUUGACUCCCCUCCAUUAGCCUUCCCUUUGGUGUAUGUGCUGAUAGCCAGUGUUAGCAUGUGUGUUGGUAUUUCCAUUUUCAUGUCCUAUAUUUGGUAUCUAUCCAAGCAUCAUCAUUUUAGAAUCAGAAAAGUAGGUUCACAAUGUCAACCUUUUCAUAGUUAGAGUUAGAUAACUCAGUUCAGCUGUCAGCAAUUGAAAGGAAUCCUAUGUUACACGACCAGAUGAGUCCAUAAAGUUACUUCUAUCAGGGUGAGGUGGGGGGGGGAGUAAAACCCUACAUGACAAUGUCAUUCUCAAAGAAUAUUGAUUUUAAAAAAUUUAAGUGAAACACAUGUCAACAUUACAAAAUUUUGUUAUACAGUGGGUGUGAGGGGUAAACCACGGAGGAAUUAACUAUUUUUUCACUUUUGGUAAUAUUUGGCCACCCCCUGAAGGCUUACUGACAUAUUGAUAGGCCUAUAUCUAACUGUGCUUGAGGAAUGAAUGAAGCAUACUUUAAUGUUUAGAGGGUAUCAUACUUUAAACUGAAUCAAUUCACUUUCAAAAUCUUUAAUUUUACAAAUUUUAUUUCA